AUGCUUUCUCGCUCACGUUUUACGUCUCCUUCUUUGAAUUCCUUCACUGGGCUUCCCACCUUCACCACUACUUCGGACCUUUUAAUAUCCCACCACAGUCUGCCGCGGCUGCCUCCACCAAUAACCCCAAUCGUUCCCGCCGACAACGCCGUCUUUAAGACUCUCUCGGAUGAUGAGACAAAUGUAUUCCCUCCAAGGACGGGCGUCUCGACUACUCCACCGGCGUUUCCUCGAUCAAAACUUUCGCCCGUCCGUUCGUCUCCUUCCCAUGCGACACAUUGCCGAUUGCUACCUCCGACCUAG